CAGCGCCCGGCCCUCAGGCCCGCCCACCUGCCUUCCUCUUCUGCUCUCAGAGCUGUGGGGAGAGCGGCAAGUCCUCACAAGCCCGCGCACCUGGCUCCUGCCCUGCAGAUGAGCCAUGGCCCGCAUCAUUGACCUGGUACCCUGGGACGAUGGUUCCACCCACGUAUACGCCUCCCCGGCCAUCCUGCUGCCCAUGGAGCGGCAGCGCCAGCCGCUGGCCGGGGUGAAGCAGCAGCUCUACCACCCGGCCCUGCCCACGCUGCGCCGCAUGGACAUGGACACAGUCAGGGCCUGCCUCCCAGAGGAGCACUGCCAGUCCUCCACCUACUGCCGAAAAGAUGAGUUUGACAACGCCCACUUCACACUGCUGGGGGUCCCCAACAAACCCCUGCAGUGCUUGGACAUCACGGCCACCGGCCACAAGAUCCACGACAGGUGCCGGGAGGGAAAGCUGGCGCCCAUCGCGCCGGGCAUCAACCGGGUGGACUGGCCCUGCUUCACCCGCGCCAUCGAGGACUGGUCCCGUUUCGUGUCCUCGGCCGGAGAGUUCAGGCUGCCAUGCCUGAACAAGAGAGUACUGCCUCAACCAGAACCCCAGCCUGGACCGCUACGGACAGAAGCCCCUGCCUUUCGACUCCCUCAACGCCUUCCGACGCUUCGGCUCCCACUACAGUCGUGUCAACUAUCUGACCCCCUGGCAUUGACCUGUGAAAAGGAGGCUGACCCCCAUGCUCCUGGGCCGUGCCACCUCGGGUUCCCUGCCCCCUGCCCGUCUCUGCCAGCUCCCCCUCCUGCAGUUGGUGACCACCUGCACGUCCCUGUCUCCAACUCCCCGUCCCCCAGUGGGACAGAGGACAUGUGGUGGCAUGUCUCCCAUCUCCUCAGGAACCCAUCCUGGAGAAUAAACUGACCUCUCCCUCAGGGUGUGUGUGUGUGUGUGUGAGUGACGCAGAGGGUCAGGACCAUAGGAUGAUGGUCACUGCUCUGCCUGCUCCUGGGCAGGGCUGUAGAAGAGUAUCUGAGGACCUUAGGGAGGGGUCAGGGUCUAAGCCCCAAGCCCAGCCAGUGUGAGGUCCAAGGCCCUGCCUGGAAGCUGGGUGUUUCCUGGUGCCCAUGUCCCCUGCUAGCAACCACACGCCCAAGCCUGCUCCUCAGAUCCUGAACGUGAACCCCAAGUUGAGAUGUAGGGGGUUAGCAAGGGAUUUCAGGUGCCUCUUCCUGAAGCCUUCUGCACACCAGUGUGCUGGGGAGGGGGGCAUCCCUGGGCCCGGGGACCCCCUGAAGGGGUAGAAGCAGGCUCUGGGGGCUGGCCAGGCCCAUGGCCUCUCUCCCAGGAAGCACCAAGAAUGUGGAACAGACACUUGAUGAGGUGCUGAGGCCACUCAGGAUGGAGUCCCCUUCCUCUCCUGGCCCACCCAUAACCACACCAUCUAAGUAAAAAUGGUCUGCUAUAGCCACGUGAUUUGGGCCCCUCCUUUAUCU